GAGAGAGCGAGGAGGGAUUAUUUACCGUUUUAAAUGAAUAAAUCCUUAUUGUGUGAAUCUGGCACACACGGAAAGACAGAGAGGGAGAGGGAGGACAAGAAGCAGCAGCAAAAACAUAUAACCCACAGAUCAAAGAUAGAGAGAUAGAUAUAAAGAGAAAGAGAGAGAGAGAGAGCAAGAGAGAGCGAGAGAGAGGGAAAGAGAGAAAGUAGAAAGCUCAACAGCUGACUGGAAGACAAAGAGUCCAAGCUGUGGGUGGCGUCGGUGUCAGAUUCAGAGUCCCCGGCCUGGACGAGCCCUGGACACCAGCCAGGAACAGAGAGGACGAUCAAACUGUGGAGCGGACGAGUGGAGAGGAGGAGGAGGGGAAGAUGGCACGGAAAUAAAUAGUGGCCACAGGUGCAAAGAAAAAAGAGAGAGAGAGAGACGGGGGGAGAGAAGCAUCAGAGUGGUAUUAUUUCGGGGUCGUCACACACCAAGGAAAGGAAGGCGUCCGCCAGUUGGUGUUUUCUGCCGUUGAGAGGAAGUCACACGCUGACAGGAAGCUUGCAGGCCGCAGCACGGUCCGAGGACAGGGGAAGAUGCUGAUGUGAACGAGGAGCAGCAAGAGGACUCUGAACGCCAUGGCCUAGUUCGCUUUUGGAUCAGAAAAAACUACAAAGAUUGUCUGGGAGUCUGAUCUUUCACAACAGCCGCCUCUGUUCCACAGCCCUGAGAGGUUAUAAGCAUUUCAGGUGCUGACAUAUCGGGCCGCCAGCCAGGGGUGCAGUGAUGGGUGUGGACAGCAGCCCCAGUGCAUCAUGGGCAAGGCAGGGGGUGGUGGGACUGCUGCUGUGUUGGCUGAUGGUCGCAGUCCACACCUCGCAGGCCCAGCCCCCCCUCCCUCUUUCCCUGCCUGCCCAGAUCUCUGUGCCUCCUCCCUGGAGCUACCUGCCCCUCUCCCAGGCCGACCUGGGCCCCCUCUUCUCCAACUCGAGCCCCUUCUCCUUCUCCCAGAGCCUCCUCCUGUUGCCUCAGACUGGGGCAGCCUCCAAACCAGGGGCCAGGGCUUCGUUUGGGCCUUACUCAGUCACACAGCUGGUCUCGGACCCCAUCCUCCCCCUCUCCCCUCCUUUGUCAGCGUCGCUGCUGUCGGAGCACGUGGAGCGAGAGAGAGACGAGGGAGGGAGGGAGAGGCUGAGGGUGCGGGCUCUGUUCCAGGGUAGAGGAGACGCGGGCAGAGGGAUCUGUGUCACCCUCCACGCCUUCAAGGAGACGGAGGAACACAAGGCCUCCUGCAUCACACAGGCUCCCCUGGGUCUGUGUGUGGUGACCCUGACUCUUCCUAAGGACUGGUUCCAGACCGAGCAGAUCUACCAGCCACACCUCGGCCCCCCCGGUCGCUCCCGACACACACACCGCCACCGGCAACGCAACCGGCGAGGUCGAAGCCAUGGCAAACUGGCGGCGAUCAGGUUCAACCAUGGCCACGCCCCCGAUCGUGUCCAGCUCUACUAUUCAUCGUUCGGCACGGUGGCCGACCUGAGCGCAGCGCCCCCUAGGUGCGUGGAGGACAAAGAGCCACAGUACCAGAGACAGCUCUUCUACAUAGCAGCUGUGACCCUGAGGGAGGAGGGCGCGGAGGGCGCUGAGGGCAGGGAGGGUGCUGCACAGGGCAACAAAAGCAAGGAGGAAGUAAGCUGUCUGAACGGACGGGAAGAAGAGGAGCUUCGUGUGGAUUCAAAUGUCCUGAUUCGCUACCGCAGGGGGCCGGCUCGUAUCGGUCAGCCUAUCGCAUUGUCGGUAAAUCUGAGGUCGAAUUUCAGCGCAGAGUUUGUGGUUAUACGGCUGAAGGUGAGGAUGGGUCUGGUGUCCCUGGUUGCCCAGCGAUCCUUGCCCUCUGACCUCUGGGCUGUGACCCUGGAGAGAACCCAGGGUCCCAAACAUGACAUCGUCUCUAUCAUCUGCCACAAAGUUGGACGCCACCUAGAUGGCCUCAGUGCUCUCCUCCCAAAUCCCUCCUCCCUCCACCAGGUGGCGUGUAUCUCUGUGGACGGCCUGAGACGUAGCUUCGACGUUGCCAUGACGGUGUCGGCCAGUUGGUGGGUGGAGUACUCGGGCCGUAAUAACCCUCCUCCGCCACACGGAGGUGUGGUGAGCAGCUUCUCCUUCACGGACAGAGAGAUGGCUGGCAUCGUUCCCGUCACUGAGAGCGACACCAUCAUAAACACAGCAAUCUUGACCAGCGAGCUUGUGUCACUUCCUGUUAUUGUGCUGGCCGUAGGGCACGAUGGGAAAGUGUCAGAUGUAACGUCUGCAGUGAGGUGCCAGUCGUCCGAUGAAAACAUUGUCAAGGUGUCAAGCGAUUGCGCCACCCUCUUUGUUGACGGGAGCGAAUCGGGCGUGGGCAGCACGUGCGUGGCGGUGGAGUUUCUUCUGGGCACGCUCCGUGGGUCGCUGUGCCUGGCGGUGUGGGUGCCCGUCGUGCCUCUGCGCCUGUCUCUGUCCGACCCCAAGCUCAAUGCCAUCGAUGGCUGGAGCCAGUACACGGACAACGGCUGUUUCCCAGUGUUCCAGAGGUCCACUGUUCAGGUUUUGACCCAGUUCGUUGCCCAGGACAACCAGAGUCAGAUGACCUACCUGCUGGGCUCCCCCGAUUGGCUGGUGGAUGUGACGGAGAUUGUCCAUAAUUGGCUGCGGGUGGAAAACCCACAGGUCGCUGCUCUUGACAAACACAACAAUCUGAUUGGCCUGCAGCCGGGGGAAACCAUGCUUCAUGUUAUCUCUAGCCAAUGGGAUGGUGUCCUGGGCAGCUGUGAUGUUACGGUGACCUCGGAACCUGUGACCCCAGGUGACCUGUCAGUGCAAGUUGUGAGCGGCUUGGGGAUGUCCAUCCAGCCCAGCCCUGCCCACCCGUCAGUUGUCACAGCAACAGUGACGGCCUACAACAUUCUAUACGACCCUGGGCAGGAAGCAUCCAUAAGUGUCUGGCUCCAGUUCAGUGACGACAACGCCUCUCUGCUCUCCGCUUUUAGGGGCGUGCCCUUUUACCUGCGUCUCUCCUCAUUGGCUGAGUCUGUGGUUGCCGUGACGCCCGGCCCUUCACAGCGCAUUGUUGCCCAGGGAGAUGGGGGCGGGCCCUUGCUUCAAGCGGAACUUCUGGUCUCUACCUGUGAUCCAAUUGUGUCCAACUCCAUCGUUGAAAGUGACUCCCCAAAGACUAGGGAAGGAGGUGGGACACGAAGGCUAGCCAGGGGCUCUGGUUGGAUAAGAGUCAACCUAGACUCUGAACUACAGCCAAUGGGGAGCGAGGAGUCGGAAUUUGGGUUUGACGUGUCUGACAUGCUGGUGGAGUCCAACGGAGAUGUAUAUGCUAAGUUUGGGAGCGACGACAUCGUCAACGGCAACAUCACGGGCGGCGGGUCACCCGUUGACUCCUCCCCCUACCACCACCAGGCUGGCAUAGGCAUGAUGGGAAGAAACGGACUGGAACGGGCGGCGCUCACGCCCAAUCACGAGGAGAACGCUGUGUACCUGUCCCCCGGCGUGGAGAGAGAGGGAACGAGGGACGAUGAGAAGAACAGACCAGGAGAGCGAGAGCUGGAGGUGGGGGUGGGGGCCUUACUCUCCCUCCUGUGCCUCUCCACACUCCUUUUCCUGGUGAACUGCCUGCCUUGCGCCCUGAGAGAGAGGAGGAGGAGGAAAGGGAUGGAGGCAGAUGGAGGAGUGAUGGAGGGAGUGGUGGUGGAGGAGGCGGAAGAGGAGGAGAAGGAUGAGAAGAUGGAGAUAGAAAAGGAGGACGAAAGGGAGGGGCAGAAGAAGAAAAAGCUGGAGGAGAGAGAGGAGAAUAUGUUGUGAGGUUUGUUUAUCUCAUGCAAAAGGACUUUACGUUUAUUGUUAAGCUUGUCAAUGACAUCCUGUACAUCCAACCAUCUUUAGAUCUUAAACCUUUCAGAUGUGUCCUGUCAUUGUUUCCGACCAUUAUAACAUAAUUCCUCUAAGCACGGCAGUGUCUAGAAUGGUAUUAUUUGGUAGGGCAGAUUUACAAAUGCUUUACAUAUGUUUGGACUUACUGGUACAUGACUCAGACACUAGGUUGGGUGGAGAAUAUUCAGCCCUACAUGGAAGCUGGCAUUUUAUGUCCACCAUACACACUUUUGUAGAAAAUAAAUUAGAGAAAUAGAUAUUGAUGUAAAAGAUAUUUCAUUGAUCCUUGUCCUAUUUCAUCACCAUGUUUGCUAUUUUACAAAUUCUAAAAGUAAAUUUUCUUUAUUUAAAUACUUUCUGUCUGGUUUUGUCUUCCCAAUUUACAAGUACAAUUUAUUUCUUUGUUAAUUAAUUUGAAGGAUAAAGACCAGAAAUACUGUAAAUGUUGACAGUAGA